AGGGAGUGGGACUAAGCGCGGCGCUUUCUAGCGCUCAGCUAGCCCAACCCCCAACUCAGUCGCACCAGGAAGCUUUCCUGUUCCCAAGGAGCCAGAGUAACUCUGCUGCUGCUUGCUCUGUGUCCCACCUGCCGUCUCGGAGGCUGUCACCUCUGCCCCGAGUUUCCUGCGGAGCUGGCGCUUAGGCAGAGAUAGCCCGUGGCGGCGCCUAGGAGCUUUUGCCCAAUGAAUGGGACUCCGCCCUGAGCGCCCCCUCCCGGUCCAGGGGAGGCGGCGGGGGGCGCCCGGCGAUCCCGCGGCUCCUAGCCGCCACCGACAGAGCAAGUUGGGCGAGUUGGUGGCUGCCAGCACCAGCCUCUAGUCCCUAGCCCCUGAGUCUGUGCCCGGCUCGGGGAGCCCAGGUGGCACGCGCGGCUGCCACCCGCCGUCGCCUGGGGCGGCCUAGGGACCCUGCCUGCGCCCGGGCGCCAGACCAUGGUGGGCAGCUGCGACCCAGAGCCGCAGCCGCCUCGAGCCGACGUCGCCCUCUACCAGCCCCCGCCCCACCCGAGCGGACGCGUGGGGGCUCGCAGCGCGCGGUCACUUCCUUCCACGGCCGGGAUGGGCGCCGCGGGACCGAGAGAGCGGCCCAGCGUUGGCCGGGUAACCCCUAUCUGAGCUGCGGCCGGGAGCUACCGACCGCCGGGGCGCGUGAGCCUGGGGUCCUGGAGGCGCGGCGAUGACCUGAUCCCGAGCCCGCCAGGGCGCCUGUCCCUCGCUGCCGGGCUCGCUCGGAGCCUGUGCGGAGACCGGCUCGGUGCGGCGGCCCGGGCGCACGGUGGCAGCGAGCUCCGGUGAAAGGCGUGUGGACGCCGAGCUGAGGAGGACACCUUCGGCAGCUCUGCUUUUGGAGGGGCUUCUGUAAACUACUGAGUCAUUCCAGAUUUAGGAUUUCCUAAAUAAUCACCAACUGUGCCCGUCUCGAACCGGAACGCAGGCAGAGAGAGCGAAAGCGCCCGCUCUAGGGACCCCGCGGAUCCCCGGGGUGCUUGGCCCUCGAGGAUCUCCCUCCCUCCCACUGUCCCUCCCCCUCCCUCGUCUCCCGCUCUCUUUGCAGUGCUGCUGGAGAAGAGGCGCGCUCACCGCCGCGGGAAACAGCUGCCCCCGCCCUGCGCCCCUACCCCGAGUCUGGCUAACCGCUCCCACUUCUCGUCCCUUGGAAUUCCAGAAGUGGGGAGGCCGGCCCCCGGAGAACCGCAGCCGGUGCGAUGCAUUCCAUAGACCUCACCCAGCUGGGACGGACCUCCUAAUCUUCAGAACCGCGGGCUACAGGGAGUUAAAUUGCUGCCUUCCUCUCCUCUGUCGCGGUUGGUGGUUCGUUUUCUAAAGGAACGUUUUAUUCACUUUUUAGUAUUUUUUUUUUAAGCCAGGGGCACGCAUCUCGCCUCGGUUCAGACUCUUUGCCUUGUAAACGGGUUUUCAAUGUAUAUAUGUGUAGGUAUACUUUGGACACCUUACAACGCUUGCUCUGGGGCAAGGCUUGUUUUUUUGGACAUCUUUUCCCCCUUUCCACUUGGUACCCUGAACGCAGUGUGACCAAACUCCCCACUGCCCUUUGGACGUGGAUCGCCUUGGGUGCAAGUUUGGGGUACAAACGCCUACUUCGCAAGAAGGCCUGGGACCGCCCCGCCCCCGCCGCCAGUGGUUGGGGAAGUUUACAUCUGGAUUUUCACACGUUUUGUUGCCACUGCCCAGACACUGACUAACCUUGUGGGCUCCAGGUUUUUCGAUACUGCAGCCUCCUCAAAUAUUACCACUGCCUCCCCGCGCCUACCCUAUUCCUCCAGGCCCCAGAGGUCCUGCCCUCAUCCCGGCGGAGCACGAACCCGAGGGCGCAGUGGAGCCGGGGGCCUCAGGCCCGCGCUAAGCAGCUAUGGCUGCAGCGAUAGCCAGCUCCUUGAUUCGGCAGAAGCGGCAGGCGAGGGAGUCCAACAGCGACCGGGUGUCGGCCUCCAAGCGCCGCUCCAGCCCUAGCAAAGACGGGCGCUCCUUGUGCGAGAGGCACGUCCUCGGGGUAUUCAGCAAAGUGCGCUUCUGCAGCGGCCGCAAGAGGCCUGUGAGGCGGAGACCAGAACCCCAGCUGAAAGGGAUUGUGACAAGGUUAUUCAGCCAGCAGGGAUAUUUCCUGCAGAUGCAUCCAGAUGGUGCCAUUGAUGGGACCAAGGACGAAAACAGCGACUACACUCUCUUCAAUCUAAUUCCUGUGGGACUACGUGUGGUGGCCAUCCAAGGGGUGAAAGCCAGCCUCUACGUGGCCAUGAAUGGGGAAGGCUAUCUCUACAGUUCAGAUGUUUUUACCCCAGAAUGCAAAUUCAAGGAGUCUGUGUUUGAAAACUACUACGUGAUCUAUUCUUCAACCCUGUAUCGCCAGCAGGAAUCAGGCCGCGCAUGGUUCCUAGGACUCAAUAAGGAAGGUCAAAUCAUGAAGGGGAACAGAGUGAAGAAAACCAAGCCCUCAUCUCAUUUUGUACCAAAACCUAUUGAAGUGUGUAUGUACAGAGAACCGUCACUACAUGAAAUUGGAGAAAAGCAAGGACGUUCGAGGAAAAGUUCGGGAACGCCCACCAUGAAUGGAGGCAAAGUCGUGAAUCAAGAUUCGACAUAGCCCGAGAGAACUCGUCCGCUCUUCCCUCCC